CCCGCUCCGUGCUGUGUGUGUGAUGUCUGGGCUGGAGAGUGGAUUUUAAAGAUGGCCGGAGCGGCUCCCGUCUACUGUGUCUGCCGGCAGCCGUACGAUGUGAGCCGGUUCAUGAUCGAGUGCGACAUCUGCAAGGACUGGUUCCAUAGCAGCUGUGUAAAAGUUGAGGAGCAUCAGGCGGCAGAUAUCGACCUCUACCACUGUCCGAACUGUGAGGUGCUUCACGGGCCCUCCCAGUUGAAGAAGAGGAGGAACUGGCAUAGACAUGACUACACAGAGGCAGAUGAUGGCACCAAGCCAGUGCAAGCAGGAACAAGAACCUUUGUGCAGCAACUCCGGGCACGGUCCUUUCCAAGCGCUGACGAUAUUAUUUUACGGAUGAACGGCAGCCAGCUGACACAGCGGUACUUAGAGAAGCAUGGAUUCAACAGCCCGAUUAUCGUGUCGCAGAUGGACGGCCUGGGCCUUAGACUGCCACCUCCCUCUUUCUCGGUUAUGGACGUGGAGCGCUAUGUCGGUGGGGAUAAGAUCAUCGACGUCAUCGAUGUGGCGAGGCAAGCCGACAGCAAGAUGAAGCUCCGAAACUUUGUAAAAUACUUCAUGAACCCCGAGCGACCAAAAGUAUUAAACGUCAUCAGCCUGGAGUUCUCCGACACCAAGAUGUCCGAGUUGGUGAAAGUACCAGAUAUUGGUAAAAAGCUUUCUUGGGUGGAGAAUUACUGGCCGGACGACUCCGUCUUCACAAAGCCCUUUGUUCAAAAGUAUUGCCUCAUGGGAGUAGAGGACAGCUACACCGACUUUCACAUAGACUUUGGUGGAACAUCUGUCUGGUAUCACGUCCUAUGGGGGGAAAAGAUUUUUUACUUGAUAAAGCCCACAGAUGAGAACCUGGCACUGUAUGAAUCAUGGAGCUCUUCAGUUAUCCAAAGCGAGGAGUUUUUCGGGGACAAGGUGGAUAACUGUUAUAAGUGUGUGCUGAAACAGGGGCACACACUCUUUCUCCCAACAGGCUGGAUUCACGCUGUCCUCACGUCUCAGGAUUGCAUGGCCUUUGGUGGGAACUUUCUGCACAACCUAAACAUUGGCAUGCAGCUCAGGUGUUAUGAGAUGGAAAAAAGGCUGAAGACCCCAGAUCUCUUCAAGUUCCCUUUUUUUGAGGCAAUUUGUUGGUUUGUGGCCAAAAACCUACUUGAAACUUUGAAAGAGCUACGAGAAGAUGGAUUCCAUCCUCCAAAUUAUUUAAAACAAGGUGUGAAGGCAUUGAUCACUGCUCUAAAGAGCUGGAUGAAAAAAGAGUCGGUGGCAGAACACGCUUUUGAAAUCCCAGAAAACAUCAGACCCGGGAAUCUUGUUAAAGAGCUGUCUAAAGUGAUUCGCUCUGUGGAGGAGGAGGGGAGCAAGCCAGUCAAAUCUCAGGAAAUCCAUGGGCUGUGUCCACUCUCCCGAUCCUCUCCCGAGAAGUCAUCUCAUCAUUCCAAGAGGAAAGCGAGGCGGCUGCGGGACCACGGGAACAAAGCCCCCUCCAACCUCGAUAUUCUGGAGCAUCACACCAGGGAGGUGUUGAAGAGAUUGGAGAUGUCUCCAUGGACAGAGGAUAUGGGCACUUAUAAAUUGAAUAUGAAAGCACUACAACCAUCGUCACCAGAGCUGGACAAGAAAAUGAAAGACCAUAAUGCCUGUCUGCUGCUUUCCAAUGGAAGGAUAGUAAGAGAUGAGCGGCAGCCCUUCACUGACCGGAGUCUUUACACUGCGGAUAGCGAGGACGAAGACGAUAGGGACAGGUCGAAAAAGACUAAAGAUGUCAAAAUGGAGAAGCCAUGCUCCAGCUCAGAGGCAGAUGAUAAAGCUGAAAAUCAGAAACCACUAAACAUGUUUUUUGAAAGUGUCAAGUCAGAGCUCAGGUACGGAGCCUCAGAAUAUUCUGAUAUUUCUGAUUCUGAAGGAUCCGAAGCCAAUUGCACUAACCAGAAAAGCGUCUCAGAGGAUUCGGACAGCUCAGGUGACGAGCAGCCGCGGGAAGACACAGCAGAUGUCAAAGAAGAGGACACAGAGACAACCUGUGAUGAUGAGGAUCACUGCUGGUCCGCUAGUGAAAGGCCACGGAAGAGUGAAUUUCCUAGCCCAACCAGCAUGGUGGAGGAUGCGGUCGAGGGCAUGCUUACAAUGGCAUCUUUGCACUACCCCACGCGGUCUCCGGCAGAGGCAAGGAGCUCAGGCUGCAAAAUUGGACUUGGGAUUUACCCUCAGUUGCACAUCAAAUUCUCUCAGGAGAAGGCGGACUCUCGAGAACCGAAAUUGCUGAACAAUGGUCACCAUGGCAAUGAGGACACAGGGAUGACCACUCCAGAUUGGAUUAGUCAGAUGGAUUCGUCUUGCAGGUCGGAUCAUCAGGACUUCUGCAAGGCUGCAAAAUCUCAGAGGCGUGAACACUCUACAGAGUCCAGCGGGCACCCACACAAGAUUAAACGCUAUUCUGAGAGCGAAGGCUGGGACUCUCCAAGAUACCAUCACAAUGGGAAAUACGACCAGGAGGGCAGCCUGAGCCCUGGGGACUUCAGCGAAGGAAGCCUGAGUCCGGACCGGAUAUAUGGAGACUCCUCACCAACUGUGCCCCUGCACCCGACAAAGAGACCUGCCUCAAACCCACCCCCCAUUAGUAACCAGGCAACUAAAGGUAAAAGGCCAAAGAAGGGCAUGGCAACCGCCAAGCAGCGCCUGGGCAAAAUCCUGAAGCUCAAUCGACAUGGUCACGCACGCUUCUUUGUUUGACGACCGUUCUCUAACUAUUUUACUUUUCAUUCACACAACAGUAUUGAGGAGAGUGGAGGCCUGGAGCCUUUCGCCUUUCUUCUACCAUAGGGUGGACCUACAAGUACCACACCGAACACUGCCUGAUGAACAAAGAUAUAGUUUAUGUUGGGUUUUCUUUUAUGUUUUUGUUUUGUUUUUUUAAUUUUGCUUUCACUGUGCCACACCCACGCAGCAAUAACCGGAGGAGAAUUGCCGAUCCAGGAUUCUUGUGUGGUAGUUGGACCUUUCUACCUUUGACAUUGGAAUAGAAUUUCUAUGCUCUUCUGAAUUUUUUCUUUGUGCAGCUGGGGGUGGGGGGGGGAAAGGGAGCAGAGGGCACGCGGGUGCUUGGUGUUCUUCAAUAAUUUAUUGAAACUGAUUUUAAAUUUUUUUUUUUUUUUGGUUGAUUUUUUGCUUCCAGAAAAUCAUUUUAUUUCAUUUUUAAUUAUUAUUUAUUUCAGAAAAUUUCUGAGGAUCGUGUUAAUUGUUUUUUUUAUUUUUUUUUUAGAUUUUAAAUAAUGUGAAUUUUUUUUUUUUUUUCUGUUUUUAUGUAUUUGUUUUUUUUUUUUUCCUUUUUUUUCGUGUGGUGAAAGGGAGGGCCACCAAUUUGGGGAGAGAUUUGUUUUCUUGUACUUGAUAUUCAGGAUGUAGUCUUAAACAGGGAUUUGAUGCAUUUUUAUUUUUCCCUUUGUAAAUUGAACAUGAAAUGCUAUUUUAUUUGCAGUUUUUGAUUUAUUUUAUUUUUUUAUUUUUCGGUCAAUUUUAUUAUUAUUAUUAUUAUUAUUAUAAAUUUUUUCUCUAAUUGUUUGUACAGUUGUAAGCUAUUGGCAGCGUCAUGGCCAAGAUAAAAAAAAAAAAAGUCAACACUGUAUUUUAUUGAUAGGUGGGAGAUGAUCUUUUUUCUGGAGAUUCCUCUAUGAUCUUCCUGGGAGAUAUAAGGGCUAAGCUAAUUUUGCUGUUAGUUUUUUUUUUUUUUUUUUGUUUUUUGUUUUAUUUUUACAUUCUAGCAUAUUUUGUCCUAGCUUUUACUAGUAUUCAUUUGGUGUACAGUUUGGUGCUAGAAAAGAAAGAUUUGUUGGUUUUAUGUUUUUAUAGAAUUUAAUUUUUUAACUAAUUUACAGGCUUAAUUAUUCUAUUUAAUUUUUAUUUUUAUUUUUUUCGGGCACCCUGUAUAAUAUCGCAGUCUUUUGGUGUAAGUUAAUGCUUUAAGCUAACUGGUAAACUCAAAGCUGCUUUAUUUGGAGACUUGGUGGUUCGGGAUUUCUUAUUUUUUGUUUGUUUUUGUUUUAUUUUGUAUUUUCUUUUGAAUAUAAAAGCUUUAUCGAUCUUAGACAUUGCAUCAAACAAGCAGCCUUUUAAUAAAACUGCGUGGAUCUCAGGGUAAAUGAAUUUGGAAGUUGGCAGAAAGGUGCUAGGUACCUGAGUUCAGGUUAUUGUCAGCCUCAUCACCAAUCUUCCAUACACCCCACCCCUACUUGGCAUUAAAUGUUCCACCAUUGGCUCAUGGGAAAAGAGAAAGAAAAAAAAAAAAAGGACUUUCAUACAUUGAGCCUGUUUCAUUUGUUGUAUAUGUUUUUGUUUCUCUAUUACGUGUUUUUAUGUUUCUGUAUAUGUAUGCAUCAAGUUGGUCCCUUUUUCUGUGCCAGUCUCCGCAAAUGCCAGUUUUGAUUCACUUGUAUAUAAAGCCUAUUCUAGAUUUUGUAUUUCUUGUAAUAUAAAAUUAAAUAUUUAACAUUUUUCCUCAUUUUUAUUUUUAUUUUACAUCUGUAUUACGUAUUCUUUUCACCGUGUUUUGACUAUGGAUAGUAAUUUUGUGAUUCCAGAAAAGAUUUAAAAAAAAAAAAAUCAAUGCUGCCAUUCACUUAGUUAUCGAUACCAGCAAGUUAUAUAAAGCCAUCAAGAGCUUUCUUGGCUCACAUUUACCAUUUUCCCAUCAGAGCCCUGGGUUCAACAUUGAUAUUUUAUAUUUUUUUCCCUUUUUUAUAUAUAUAUGUUAAUUUUAUUUAUUAAAUUUUUUUUUUCUCAAUUUGUGAUAUACAUUUGGUCACAAUGGCCGUUUCUGAACAGUAGCUUUCUUUAUUUAACAUAGUAAACUAUCCAAAAAUGUUAAAAAAAAAUUCUCUCAUCUUUGGCCAUAUUCACACACUGUCAAAAAAAAUCCCUUUUUUUUUUUUUGUCGUUGCAGUUGAAAAAACAGAAAGAUAAAAAUUUUUGUUGCUAUAUAUCGUUUAUGAAUAUGGACUAAAACCUGCUAAAUUGAUAUUUUUUGCUAGCGAUUUAAUUGCAAAAAAAAUUUGAUCUUUUUUUUUUUUUUUUAUUUGGCAAUUUUGGUUCUCCUUUAUAUGAACAUUAUUUAUCUGUACAGUAUUAGCUUUCUUGAUUCCGCUCCCCAAGUAGUAUUUAAAAAAAAAAAUAAAUAAAUAACCCAAAAACCAAAGAAAUCUAUUCUCAGUGAAAUAAGAGUCAAAGGGCGUGGGCAAACAGGACUAGCUUGCUUUACAUACUUUUACAUAUUUUUUAUUUCCCCCAUUUAUUUAUUUAUAAAAAACUAAAAUAAAACUUAUUAAAAAAUUGACUGCAGGUUGAAGAUUUACAGUGUUAUUGAAAGCUGAUAAAAAUAGCAUAAAAUACGACCAUUUACAGUUUUGGUUUUUACUUAUUCAGCAAUUCAGUAAGGUCUUAGAUGAGUACAAUGACUGUUUAAAAAAAGGAUUUUAAAAAAAAUCACAAUUUUUCAUUUUUUUUUAUUUUUUUCAUUUGAUUUGGGUGGGAAACUGGUAAACCCCAAGAUUUUCCUUGUGCCCCUGUUUGCAGGGGUUAUUUGCACUGAAUGCAUCUGAUCAUACAGUAAAUAAGAAUGGUGGACAAUAUGGAUCUUGUUUGUUUUUUUUGUUUGUUUUUUUUGUUGUUUGUUUUUUAUGAUGAUGGGAUUCUGAAUUUUAUACAGAAUAUACCAAAUGCGAAUCUGCCUACAAACCUUUAUAGCGGUGACCGAGAUGAACAUUUUUAUCCGAGAACGUGAUUUCUCCUCUAGAUUCUCUCCUUUGCCCUUCAUAUGACUUUCUAUUGAGCUUCAAGGCUACGACAAAGCACCUCAGUUACUUACCUAUGCAGCGUAAAAGUGUCUACAAAUGCCUACGUAUACAUUGCUAUUUAUGAGCCACAAAUCAGCAUUACUGUGUCUUGCGUUUUCUGUAUUUGUAAAGAGGAGAGGAAUUUUCUUGUAUUGUGAAAAUAAAAUAAAAUGUAAAAAAACUAAACAAAAACAAAGGGAAUCGAUUAACCAAUAAACUUACGUACUUUGAUAAGUAGAUGGGUUGGGUUUCACGACCAGCUGACUGUGUUUUGCUAUUUACAAUGCUUUGUGAAUUGUAGGUGAACAGGAUAUCCAAAAUACCUGCCCCAGUCCCGCAAUCUUUUUUUUUUCUUUUAAAGUUUUAAUAUAGAUGUUUGAUUCGCCCAUAUCUGAGAGGACAUUUUCUCCUUUUGAUUUUUAAAUUUAAAAAUUUAGAAAAUCUAUUUCUUUUAGGCAUAGCUUGAGUUUAAAAUUUAAAUUUCCCAGAAUUAAACCUAUAUGAUUAUAUAGCAAAAAUAAAAAUUUAACUAGAAAAUAGUUGAUCCAAGCAAUUCUUUAACGAAACUGAAUAUACAUGUAAGAAAUAUUUCCUAAAUAAUUUGUUUUUUGAUCAACUUUUUUUUUUUCCCCCUAGUUUAAUUCUAAAUAGUUUUGGUUAUAUUCUUCGUAGAUGUUUCAUUCACUCAUUGAACCUAUAAGAAAUAUUUAGUAAGAUUUUGGAAUGGUGUUUUUUUAGAGAUUGGAUUCACCCACAUAAUUUUUUUCGUUUACAUUAAAUUUAUAAAAAAAAAUUAUAUACCUUCUAGAUAUUUUAUUACUGCUUAAAUUUUGUUUGAGGCUAAGUGUCCACUUGUUUUAAUUUUUUUUUAUUUUUUGGGGGAAAAUUGCCACUGCAGUUUUUGAGCCAAAGUCAGAAUUGGAUCCAUAAGGGAGGAGAAGUGUAAGUCCUUCCUUUAUAUGUCCUAUUCCUUUUUGAAUACAUUUCUGGCUUUCGCUCAAAAACUGAAAAAAAAAAAAAAAAAGUGGAAACUUAGCCUAAAAAGGAAUUUUAAAAAUCUGAAUAUACCUGGAAGAAAUAUUUCCUAUAAAAUUCAGAACAAUUUUGGAGAAGUAUUCUUUCUAUAAAAUAAAAUCUUAAAAUACCUGUAAGAAAUAUUUUUUUCAAUUUGAAAAUCUUUAGGAAACAUUUCUAAUUUCAUCAAAUUUAUUAUUAUUAUUAUUUUUACCAUAUAUUCUGUAGAAGUUUUCAUCCAUAUCAGAUGUUUUCUUCCUUCAUUUUUUAAAUAAAUGGAUUAAAUUAUUUAAUUUGGCUUGUAAGAACUUUCUGAACGACGAUGUUUGGAGCAGAUAUUUU